ACUGGCAGUAGAGUGCCAGCCGCGAUCGUGUACGCCAACCGCUCAAGCGGAAGUGGAAAAAGCGUGCGUGGUCGGACGCCGAGUGCCGGCAUGCCCAUCGGCGAUAAAAUCGGUGCAAACGGGAGUGCAGCAGGUGCGGAAAGCAGGGAAGCGGCCGAGUGAGUGUUACGUCCGUGCAGCAAGGCCCAAAGCUCGCCGCGUCAUGACUUCCGGCCCAACUUAGGCGCCUGAUUCAAAUCUGGAGCCACGUUAAGCGGCCUGAGCGAUGGGUGAAGCGGAGGCCAAGGGUGUCGGGUCCUGCCCGCGGUCCAGGACGCUCACCUGGUUCGUCCUGGCCCAGGUCCUCCUCCAAAUCGGGGCCUUUUCCUACCUCUACUUGCAGCUUCUUAGCCUUGAGGGCGAGCUUCGCGUCGCAGAGUGUCCGCGAUGCGAAAUCAACGACGACUUCGGUCAGGGCGUAGAUAUAUCCCGCCAAAAACGGAGCGGCGUUAACUUCGAGGAGAACGCCGUUUCCGAGAACUUCAAGGACCAGGAAGAGAGGGAAGCGCAGCAGCAGCAGAGGGAUGUAAAAACUGCAACUGCGGUCCCGGUGGGUCCACCUGUAGGGAGUGAGGAUUCCCCAACAUCGUCGGACCUCCAGGACUGGGUCUGGCUAACAGGUGCGACGCGGGUUCCGACCGACGUCAUGGAGAACUUCUGUCGGAAUUUCAGGGACUAUUGCUCCCCGGGACUUCCGGGGAUCCCUGGGACCCCGGGCGAGAAGGGUGACCGCGGUUUGCCCGGAAUUGCUGGGCCUGUGGGCCCUCCGGGACUCACCGGAUUGCCGGGACAUCAAGGAUCGCCAGGGCCAAAGGGAGACCGAGGAGAACCUGGACUUGACGGGCGGAACGGAAUCCCGGGGGAACCGGGACUUGAUGGUCUGCCUGGUCGCAGUGGAUCCGACGGGAAGCCGGGGGCCAAUGGGACCCCAGGACUUAACGGGAUUCCGGGACGUUCAGGACGUAAUGGAACAGACGGAAGACCGGGAGAUCAAGGACCUCCGGGACCCCGUGGACCUCCAGGACCUAAGGGUGAUACUGGACCCCGAGGUCCCAAGGGAAAGCCAGGCUCCCAUGGAAACCCGGGAGUCACUGCCUACCAGGUGAAAUUAGCCAACGGUACAGACAGCAACAGACUACUGAUACCGCCAUCAAUUUUGGGUGAGGCCAAGUCCUAUCAAGUCAUCCCCGUCGCGGAGGGAUCAAAUGUCCGAUUACGUUGUCCCGCCAGUGGCUAUCCUCCUCCGGUUAUUUCCUGGUCCAAGGACACCAGCAUCGAGCUAGGCAAUUGGACACUGUCUUCGGUCACCGGUCACACGCUCAAUAUCACCGUAGUCAACAGGAUACACAUGGGGAAGUACUUGUGCACUGCAGACAACGGAAUUCCACCCAGAGCGAGGCAGACGUACAAGCUCGAAGUGUACUUUUCGCCGCUUAUACGUAUACGAAAUGAGAUUGUUGGUGCCGGGCUGGGAGGAAUCGCUUACUUGGAGUGUGAAAUUGAAGCCUUUCCCGAACCGGUGACCUACUGGGAACGCGGAGACGGUCAGCUCCUAGAAAAUUCUGACAAGUACAGGAUAGACGUGGUGGACAAGAAGGCAGGAUACAUGGCCAAAAUGCGGUUGAAUAUCACAAGGAUAUCGAGUUCCGAUCAUAGCUUGUACCAGUGCAUUGCCAAAAAUGAAGUUGGAAUCACUCGCGGUCUCUUGACUCUUUACGAUACCAACGGCAAACCACCGUCGAACCUUGGGAAAGAGCAGAUCGCCGUUUAUGGUGCGAGACCACCUCCCAAGAAGGAUCUCGACGACCUAUGCCCCCCAUCCCCCGGAUGUGAUCCCUGUGCAAAGUGUUCAUCUGUCUACGAAAUAGAACCGAUCAAUUACCCCAUAAAGUACACGAACUUCCCGCCGAGGGUGUUGGACUGCGUAUUGUAUGCGAUUGGAAAACCGGUGUACCACAGAUACACUGACGACACGUUGCACGGUUGUUGGAUGAGGGAUGCGUCUCCGACGUCUGAGGCCGCGGGUGAAAAGUUCUGGGUGACCAAAGACCAGGGAAAUAAGUACCUUUACGAGUUUGACAACAAGACGAUAUUCAGGAAGAACAAUGGCAGGCCGAUCGUUCUACCCCACGAAUUCCAAGGCAAUGCACAAGUGGUGUUCAACGGCUGGUUCUUCUACCAUCCGGUGGGACGAUCGACGAUAAUGCGGUUCGAGAUACCAGCGGAUAAAUCGAGGCAGACUAAACUUAUGGAAAUGGAACUUCCGGGUCUGGAUUACAACAGUACAAACUACCUGUACACUCCGAACUACAGUCACAAUUACGUCGAUUUCAACGUCGACGACAACGGUCUGUGGGUGAUAUACGCCUGUCGAUCAUCGAACAACACGAUUGUCAUGAAGGUAGAAGCCCAGACAAUGAAGCCCCAGCAUUCUUGGAACAUCACCGUCGACCACCACACUUUCGGCGAGAUGUUCAUCGUCUGCGGUGUUCUUUACGGGGUGAAAAGUGUGACCGAGAGGUCAACCAAGAUAAGCCUCGCCUUGGAUCUCUACAAGAACGAGACGUUGGACGUAAAUCUCGCCUUUACGAAUCCCUUCCGAAAGACAACGAUGAUCGGUUACAAUCACAGGAAUAAGGAACUCUUCACGUGGGAUAAGGGGAACCAACUGACCUAUCCCAUAAGGUACCAUGAACUCGGGUCCACCGUUGCCAGUGAGGAAAUCAAGGACAAACCCUUGGCAGAGAGACGCACCGCGUACGAGGGGUGGAAAGAUAAACCCCAAUCCGAUUAUUAUGCUUCCUGAACAUAGCUCGAGGUGAUAUAGGUACCUACAUUAUCGAACGGGAAUUUUGUACUCGUGCACCACGAAUCGCAGGAUCUCGUGGUAUAAAUUGUGCAGCUAAGUCGUUGUUAUUAUAUAUCGUCGUCUGCACAUCCAUAAAAUAAUAUAAAAUAUCUAUCUAUAUCGAUAUAUGCAGUAUAAUGAUUCUAUGUAAUCUAUUCAUCGUGAGGAUAAUUUUGUACUAAAGAAAGAUAUUAUUUUAUUAAACGUGUAUAUAAUAUACAUAUCUCAUAUAUAUAUAUAUAUAUAUAUAUAUAUACAUGUAUAUAUGAGAAAUGCGACGAUGUACUGUCGCCUAUAUGUAUAAUUAUGUAUAAA